GAAGUAAAGUAAAGUAAGUAAGUAAUUUAUGCUAAAACUUGUGCUAAAAAUGUUGUCCAGAAGGACGACGAAAGCUUCACAAUCAAACCAACCAGCUCCUCAGAGAACACAACUAAUUCAAAAUCAUCCACCUGAGCUCUAUUGCUCUUAAAAAACUUAGUCAAGAUAAACUUUCUUGUGUUAAUUAAACACAUAUAAGAAAAAAUUUAUACAAUAAAAAUAAACAUACUUCAAGAGAUUUAGCAAAAUUACGAAUUGCUUGUGUUAAAGUUGGCGGAAUAGGUCGAAGUACAUUUGGAAUUAAAACUUCAGCUAAUGAUUGAUAGAAAUAUUACGGAUGCGUUAUAAAUGCAACAAAAAGAGGUUGGAAUAUUCAGUGUAAGCGAAGAUUUCCAGACUUUUAUAAGCGAAGAGAUGAGAUUUCAAUCCAUCCUGAAUGAUUUCUAUGUCUGAAUGACAGAAUGACUAUUCCUCCAACAUUAAGAUCUGCGAUUUUGGAUGAUCUACAUUCUGCUCAUCUAGGAGCUGAUAAGAUGAAAUCAUUAGCACGCCUAACAUGCUGGUGGCCGGAAAUUGAUGCUGACAUUAACAAAAGAUCAAAGAGCUGUUCUAGCUGUUUACAUAAAAUGUCUUAUGGGAAGUCAUCGUGGACACCGUGGCCUGCAUCCUGUGAGGUUUGGCAGCGUAUUCAUGCAGAUUACUGUGGUCCAUUCUUAAAUUCAUAUUAUGCUUUAGUUAUUGUGGAUUCUUAUUCUAGAUGGCCAGAAGUCAUCAUUACAGACAGUCCUAAUGCCAAAUUCACUCACAGAGCGCUGAGAAAGAUUUUUAGUCGAGAAGGAACUCUAGAUGUCUUAGUUACUGACAACAGUACUCAUUUUACGGAGAACUUCAAUGAUUGGCUCAAACAUAUUGGUUGUCGUCAUUUGUACACAGCACCACGUCAUCCUCAGUCAAACGGGUUGGCAGAAAAUUUUGUACGAACAUUAAAGAGUGCUAUAGCAUCAAUGAGUCCUCAAAAUCUUGAUGAGCUAGAGAGAUGUGUGGAUAACUCCUUACUUCAAUAUCGCAAUGCGGAGCAUACAAGUACCCAUGAAAGUCCUGCAAAACUAUUCAAAUCUCGAAUUCUCAGAAAGCAUCUGAUGUCCAGGACAUCUGAUGUACAUUAUUACAGAGGGAAUGAUUAUAGACCUUCUAUUGGUAUCAUACUACAAAGAAUGGGAAAUCGAAUGGUAAAGAUAUUAGACAUCGAAGAUAAUUCAGUUCAUAACAGACACUUGGAUCAAGUGAGAAUAAAUGAGGUAGGUCGUUCCGAUUAUGAUUAUAAUGACUCCGCUACUAAUCCUGACUUUGUGGAUAAUUCAGAAAUAAGCCUAGAUGAUACUGAUGGAAAUGACAUCACAGAAUCAGUUAGAAGAUCGUAGAGACUGUCAAGUAAACCGCGAUAUCAGUAUAAAUACGCAAGGAGACAUUCGACGUGUGGCGGAUGUGGUGAUUGACAAUUUCUAUCUCUGUAUUGUUUAAAUACUUACUGUUGACUUAAUAUUUCUUAUAUGAAUUGCAUUAGAAUUCCGCUAAAUACAAAUUCCUGAAUUUCGCCCUCUCUGUGUUUCGUUUGGAUUCUUGUAAUUCGGUCAUCUCGAAAUACUAAUACUACGAUUACAAUAAAUUACUACAGUGACCUUAGUAAACGGUUUACAAUUUAGCAUUUAUAAGAACCUGUUCUGUUGAAAAAGUAUUAAUUUGUCAUACUUCAGGGUUGUAAUUUAUAACAUUACUGAUCGUGCCUGUAAAAAUGUCAUGAAUUUCCUGUAGGCUUACCCGUUAAUACAAAAUAUAAAUUAUUAUUAUACCGCCAUUGGAAAAGCAUUUGUAGAUAAAAACAUUGUCUAAACCU